AGGGAGGAGGCGGAGGCUGUAUUGAUGGAUUUGGGGCUUGCACCCUGCUUCAGUGUGGCGCUCAGAAGCCAACACAAGGCAGACCUGUAGGCUGAGGCGGCGCGGUAAACUUGACAUUUGAAUGCAUCUUCCCACUGGCAAAAGGCGAAUCUAAUAACUCGUUGUCAAAGCUGAGAUACACACUCAACUCAACCUCUUCGCUUCCCAAAGCUUCUCGUCAAGACAUGGAAGCUAUUGCCAAGUUUGAUUUCAUGGCCUCGGGUGAGGACGAAUUGAGCUUUCACACAGGAGAUAUUCUGAAGAUACUAAGCAGCCAGGAGGAGUGGCUCAAGGCGGAGCUGGGAAGCCAAGAAGGAUAUGUGCCUAAGAAUUUUAUAGAUAUCGAGUUUCCUGAGUGGUUCCACGAAGGCCUCUCUCGACAUCAAGCAGAAAACUUACUCAUGGGCAAGGAAAUUGGGUUCUUCAUCAUCAGGGCCAGCCAGAGCUCCCCAGGAGACUUCUCCAUCUCUGUCAGGCACGAGGACGAUGUUCAGCACUUCAAAGUCAUGAGAGACACCAAGGGCAAUUACUUCCUGUGGACCGAGAAGUUCCCAUCCCUGAAUAAGCUGGUGGACUACUACCGGACAACAUCCAUCUCCAAACAGAAGCAGAUCUUCCUUCGGGAUGGCACCCAAGAUCAGGGUCACCGGGGCAACAGCCUGGACAGGAGGUCCCAGGGGGGACCUCACCCAAGUGGAACCGUAGGAGACGACAUCCGACCUUUGGUGAACCGGAAGCUGUCAGACCACCUUCCUCUGGGUCCCCAGCAGUACCACCCGCACCAACAGCCGCCCCCCCAGUUCCCACCAGGGCCGCAGCCCCCUUCACAGCAGCGCUAUCUGCAGCAUUUCCACCAGGACCGUCGUGGAGGCAGCCUGGACAUAAACGACGGACACUGUGGCAUUAGCAGUGAAGUGAACGCCACCCUGAUGCACCGGAGACACACAGACCCCGUACAGCUCCAGGCAGCAGGGCGAGUGCGCUGGGCCAGGGCACUCUAUGACUUUGAGGCUCUGGAGGAGGACGAGCUGGGAUUUCGAAGCGGAGAGGUGGUUGAAGUCCUGGACAGCUCCAACCCAUCUUGGUGGACCGGCCGCCUGCACAACAAACUGGGUCUCUUCCCCGCCAACUAUGUAGCCCCCAUGAUGCGAUGAGUCGCACUGGGAGGCUUAGGGGCUUUUUCAUCUGAAGCCGCCUGCAAGACAAGGAGGGGCAAAGGGGAAAAGCUGAACUUUAUAACUACACAUACAUGCAUACACGUGCAUGUGUGCCCCUGUGUACACAAAACAUGUAUGUGUAGGCCUAUGGCUACACACAACAUUUUAUAAUAGUAAUUUAUUGGCAGGCAGGUUGGCUUGUUGACCGGCAUGAGAAGGCACUCGGGUGGAGAGGGGGGCGUUUGGCCGGCUCUUCUCUGUGUGAGAGGGCAGUGGGGAGCCGGGAGCAGGGCAGGGAAACUUUUCCUGGUCCUUGGACUUUCACGACUUCUUUCCUGGCUUGGGACUUUCCUAAGAGAGCAAGCAGCUAAACAGAGAUCACACCCCAGGGAUGGAUGCACAGGACUGGGCUGGGCUUGGCGAGGCGUGUUAGGUCGUUCACCUGGCCCUGUCCACUUACAGGAUACUCCCCUCUUCUGCACAGAGCAGGCGCUGCACCCUGAGAAUUAAGAUGCAGCAGAUACAGGGCUCCAGGCACCAAGCAAGUCUGAGCAAGGAGCCUGCAAGGGCGUGGUCGGGAGGCUCCCCUUGGUGUGGGAGAGCCAUGCACGCUCAGGCCUAGUUGAUGUCUUGGCUGGGACUUUUACUUUCCAUCUGAGACUGUCCCUUGGGUAAUCCUCUUCCCCUGUGGCUGACAAGAGAGUUUAGAACACUGGCCACCACCGCAGAGCCAAUCACUAGGGAGUACUCAGGGGUUCUCCACAGGCCCUUGUGGCUUACUUGAAGGUAGCUUCUGUUUCCGCAGCUGCAAAGAAAGCUGCAGCCUAGAUUCUUGGAAGUACUCGGAGAAGCCCUGGCGGAGAAUGUGGGAUGUGUCAGCAGCCUCACUCUGUGGUUACAAAAGUGUCUCUGUGGAGCUCAGUUGGGUUUUGCUCCUGAUUUUCUGUGGUUGAGAACAUCUUUGCCAAGAGCACUGACUUCAGAUCGAUCGAUCGAUCGACGACUGACUCUAACCCCGACAGGAGCUUCAUGGAAAUGGGUUUCCUCUUCUGUUUGAGCGCUAGGCCUCCCUCCACCUGGGAAGAGGAACCCCACUGCCCCUGUCCCUCUUUGUCACCUUAGUGCCUGACCUGGGGAAUAAAGCAGAGAAGCCUGGCUGGGCAGGGAGGGACACUGGAGAGGAGGCUCGGUGCUUUUGUGGAGCUUGGGAGUAAAGAUGUCAGAACAGAGGCACACUUACGAGAGUGUUGGUAUAAGUGUUUGUGUGUGUGUGUGUUCUGAGAUAGGAAAGGAAGAACUGGGGUGAAAAGAGUAUGUGACAUUGGAGGGGGGAGAAGCUGUCUCCGUGUCCCCUCCUGCUUUAGGGAGGGGCUGGAGGGCAUCGGUUACUGAGGGAGACAAAAGAACAGUCUGUGACUCAUGAGUCACUGCAGUGUGGCAUAUACUCCGUCCCUUGUGACUCUGAUUCAACAAUCCUCUGAUCCCUGGGUUCCUUUAAGAGAGAAAGAGAGGGGCCAGGAGGGAAGCGAACACGGCCUGGAGGUUCAGGGGAGCAGAGCAGGAGUGAGGAGCAGCUGGAGCCCUGGGACAGGAAAGCAGGGACAGUGUCAGAAGAUGGGUGGCAGAUGGGAGACAGGGAGACCAGUGUGUGUGUGUGGGGGGGGUGUCAAGCAGGGCUGUGAGGAAGCAUGGGCAGCUGGUGAAAAAAGGACUCUUCCUCCCCCCCAACCCCCCACCCCCGGGGCAGGGAGGAGCCCCCCCACCCCACCCCCAGUGCCAGUGAGGAAAGAGUGCAUCAGAAGGAGGUGAAGAGCAGAGAAGGCGCCAAGGAGGAAAAGUGAGACCGGAAGCUGAGGCGAAGUGGGCCUGACCAGCAAGCCUGGUAGUAGGUGAUGUGAGACGUUACAGUAAAUAAAAGCCAAAAGUGGUGUUUGGUUUAACAGUAUUUGCAAACCAUAUGCUUUUAGCAGCCCACAAACUUCAUCCAUUUGGCUGAUUCUGUGGGAGGAGCAGCCCUGGCUGAGGCAGAGAUGACUAGCUUGGUUCUGGUCUAGUUACUAUGCCUUGAAACACUCUGUGAGAAUACAGUAAUAAAGUUUCGCCAGCCUGUAUCUGAUGUCCAUGUGGCACAGCUCUAGGAGCAGGGGGUACCCUCCGCCUUGGGGCAGCAGGGGUGCUAGGCCUGGAGAGACAAAGCUCCUAAAAGCCCUGGAACGGAAUCCUGUUCUAACAGGAGCCCUAGUGGGAGAAGAUAUGAGGAAUUUUUAUUGAGGUCUCCUCAUUAGCGGGGCUCAAUUCAAAAGGGAACAGGAGAGUCACCCAAACCACUAAGGGAGUCAUGGCUUCAUAGGGACUGAGCCAAGAAGAGAUUUUGGCCACCACACCCUAGGUGCAGCUUUGUGACAUCUGAGCAGAGAACUUCCAGAGAAAAGCCAGUUCCUGUUGAACCAGUUAGGGUUUCCUCCCCAGUUGCUGGAAAUUACUUCAUUUCAAAUAUCCAGCAGCUACCAGGGCCCACUCGCCAUUACAUGGUCUCAGGCUGAUCUAAGGAAAUACUUCUCAAAAUCUCAAGUAUCUGAGCGUUGUCUGGGGACCGUGUUAAAAUGCGGGUUCUGACUCAACCUUACAUCUCUAACAAGCUCCCAGGUGCUUUGAUCAGCAAGGGCAUCAGCCUCACAAAUCUAAUUGGAUUCUUUUUCUGGGGAUAGUCAGCCACUGCUCUUUGUUGCUAGUGAAUAAGUCACUUUGGCUUUGGGACAGGCACAACUCAUUACUGUCUUUAUGACAUCAUUCCUGUUUGGCGGCCGGUGACUUCUUUUUGCAUCUUCAUCAGGAAUCAGAAAUUUUCCAAGUGACAGGCAUUCGGCUGGAGACUCAAACAGGAAUUCCCUACUAGAAAUCACUUUAACAGGAGCAGAAGCUGUGGAAGGUGCAGACGCCUUCUCAGGAAAUCCUGAAAGAGAAAAAUCAAUGUCCAUUACUUUGGGCUCUGGGCAAGGCAGGGACCAUCACUAGAUCUCAGCUCACAGCCCACACAGGGGACAGAGCGGCCUAGUCAAAAUAAUUACAUGGCACAAUCAUUUUGUCUAGUUUUAAUGUGACUAUAAGACAAGCGUGUGAGGAAAAAAUCUACCAGUGCAAUUCUUUAAAACAAAUUUAUUUUUGUUAUUGUUUUUCAAGUCCUUCCACUUCAUCUCCCAGCCACAGCAUCCUUCCGUCUCCCAUAGCAACUCACUGUCCUCUGUGCUUGUUGCCCUGCAUUCCUUCCUGUGCCUGGUACACUCUCCACUCAGACACCAAGGCGAUGUUUGGACAGACAAACCCAAGCACAUCACUUUUCUUCACAAACACUUAGCCUUGAACCUAAAACCCCAACCCAGUCCUGCGAGGUCUGGCCCCUUGGGGAUCUUUUCUCCAAUCUCCUCUUGCUUUCAUACCCCUUCCCCAGUGUUCUUCCUUCAGCCUCCAGAUGGCUAAGAACCUUCCCGAGUGUUUUCAUAAUUGUGGGUCCCUCCAGGAUGCACAUCCUGUGCUUUCCAGCUGACUGCUGUUCAGAUCUGGGUUCACAUGUCACUUCCUCUCAUCACCCCCAUGUGAAAUAAAAUAUCUCUUUAGAUAA